AUGUUCAAGCUACUUGGAGGCCUGCCUCGCUCCAGGUUUUCAUCUGCCAAGUUAAGAUUUCAGAGCCAGCCAAGCUGUAUUUCGAAGAUAUGGUUUGGGCCUCUUCCCAAAGACUCCAAUUGGGUGAAACCAGGUCGCCUACACUAUAUUGAAGAUGAGGUAGAAAAGCAAACGGACAUAAUAAAAACCAUAGAUGGCGUAGUGGUGCUGCUGUACAACAAAUCCCGGAAGAAGCUGAUCUUAGUGAAACAGUUUAGAGCAGCUGUUUACCAUGGAAUUUAUUCUGCCGGAUCUUUAGACAUGUCUAAAGGAGAAGCUGAUCUGGAUAAAUUUCCUCCGGGAAUAGGAUUUACUUUGGAACUUUGUGGUGGUGCCGUUGACAAAGACAAAACUCUAGAGGAAAUUGCCAAGGAGGAAGCGCUGGAGGAAUGCGGAUACGAGGUGUCCACGGAAUCCCUGCAGCAUGUAUUCGAUUAUAGGUCGGGCAUUGGAACCACUAGUAAUGCUAUGACUAUGUAUUAUUGCGAGGUGUGCGAUGAUCAGAAAGUAUCAGAAGGCGGUGGCGUUGAAACUGAGAAAAUCCAAGUUUUGGAGAUGUCUUUAGAGGAGUCAAGGAAAAUGAUUGAAACUGGGACUAAAACGAACGGUGGACCGUCGACUUUACUGGGGUUACUGUGGUUCUUUCUCUACAAGGCUCCUCAGGUUUCUACUUAA